AUGAGGUCCAAUUCAUUACCAUCAUUCCUUCUUCCAGCCUUUUCCCUCCCUCUUCGCCGCCAACCCUUCUCAGUAUCAACUCCAACGCAAUCACGAGUUGGUUCUGCACCACUCUCAGUUCCUUCCGAAGUCUCAUUGAAAUUCAUCGCGUUGCCAAAAGUGAAAAAUAUCACUGCAAGACAGGGGAAAGAUAAUCCAACUACUGCGGUGGAAGUUACUGGGCCAUUGGGAAGCAUGACAUUAACUCUCCCUUCAUUCUCGACCGUAAAUUUUGAUCAGGAAUUGCGAAAAGCAACAGUCGAAGUUCAAGAUGCGGAGGUUACGCAUCAGCGUGCCAUGUGGGGAACUAUACGACAACAUUUGAAAAACUACAUCUUAGGAGUGUCAGAGGGCCACACUUGCAUCCUCAAGCUUGUCGGAGUUGGAUUUAGGGCAAUGAUCGAACCCAAGGCCGUUACCGUUCCUGAGCCGGAUUAUCCGGGUCAACAGUACGUUUCGUUGAAAGUUGGAUACGCACAUCCAAUUGAGCUUGGCAUUCCGCCUGGUGUUAAAGCCAGUAUGCCACAACCGACUACUAUCUUGCUAGAAGGCAUUAAUAAGGAGGUUGUAACGCAGUUCGCUGCGGAGAUUCGCGCAUGGCGUAAACCGGAGCCUUACAAGGGAAAGGGUAUAUUUGUGAACGGCGAGACGAUCAGGCUGAAGGCAAAGAAAAUCAAGUGA